CAGCCCUCUUUUCACAAUGACUCUUCGUCCUCACUCACGGUGUCUUUGACAAGUCGUGGUGAAAGGUCACCUACAAGAAAAAAGGAAACAAAGACAUCAUUUGUGUCUUGCCUCAAAGGUGCACCUGUCCGCUUCACCAUCACCAUCGCCUUCACCGCAACACAACCUCACGACGACAAUUGAACACGUCGACCCCCGCUCAACCCAGAUUUUCGUUCUAGUCCGAGCACCUCUUUGCGAAAACACGCUCGUGCGCGUCGAAAAUAGUCUCCGUCUGUCGCCAUGGCCUUCCUUCGCGGGGUGUCUGACCGCAUCUGGAGUUAUAUGAGCCCGCGUAAGACCCAGCAACGGCGAGACAAGCCCUACGCCUUCAAAAAGCCUGCGGUACCUACUCGAACUACAGAUGCUCAUCAAGAGGCUUCCAAACCUGUGAUCACGGAGAAAAGCUCGGAUGCGCCAGUCAAGAUUCGAGACUUACGCUCAUCAAGUCCUCAAUGCAACAUCGAUGCGACACUUUUGCCUCCCUCUCCGCCCGCUUCGGCUAUGCUCUCCGAUGACCUAGAAGGUGAUACGCUGUUGCCCUUGUCGCCCACUACGCCCGGUAAGAGGGCAGAGGGCUCCUCUCUGGACGAGUGGGACGCAAACGAGGAGACCAUGGUAGUGGACGACGGAACAUACAUGGACCAGCAAAAGAACAUGAAUGCUCAAGAAGAGCGAAGGAGAAGAGAUCAGCAGGGCCAGGAAUUACGCAAUUCUGGCUGGUCUGAGGACGCAGUAUUUCUUUUUCAGAAGCUGGGGAUGCGCGGUUUCGAGCCUCUCCUCCCAAUUGGGUGGAUCAACGAUUUCGAAACUCUUCCCGAAGACCUUUUUACCGAAAAUCUUGACAAGGCCUUCAUAAAACCCGCCUUCGGCACAGAAUAUGGUGCACAACAUGCUCUUAAUAAGCUUUUCGAUCUCGGAGGUUUCGUGCGAGAUGCCUGGCACACGCGAGCGAAGCGGACCCCGGCAUUCCAGAUCGGUAAGGCAGUGAAAGCGUUCACCAAGUGGGCAAUGAAAGACGGUAAAGUUGACCAUCUUUGGUCUCAACUACCACUGUUUCAGACUGUCACUUUCUCUCGACACGUACAUCCGAGUGUAGGUGAGGAGAAAAUGCUUGAGAAGCUUGGCCACCUGCACGGCCUAUGGUAUGAUGCUUUGAAAAUCGGCGAGGCUGAGCAACAUGGAGACUCUGUUGUACCGGAAGUGCCCACACUCUAUGGAAUCACAGCAUCGCAUUCCGUCAUGGCAUUCGUCAGCUAUGCUCCUGGCAACAACGAUAGGGAUCAGCCCCAACUUCGACUGAUCGCUAUGUUUGACUUCAACAAGGAAGGAUACGACGUCUGGAACUCACUUGCCAUGGCUAUCUUCAUCAUCCACUGCAGGAACAGAAUGAUGCAGUUGAGUGAGUGCCUCUCGGGACCAGAGACUUUAACACAGGAAGACCCUGAUCUUUGAACGGCAAAUAUGAUACGAACGUACACAGGAGAUAGAUACGACAUGAACACAAACACAAACACUGCUCAAUGUUAGCAAUAACGAAGAUUACUACGACUAGAUUGGAGAGAACGAGGAAGCAAUCAUGGAUGGUGGACGACAAACUGGAAGGCGUGGCGUUUUGCUUCGCGAUAUACCCUAUACCCCUUUAAUGAGCACAAUACCCGUUUGUUUUUCCUUUGUCACGCAAAAUUGUGGGGGAAGAUAUCCAAGACCACCAAAUUGACGAUGUCCGGCUCGACAGGCAUGUCUUGAGCGACUUGAUGAAUGAUGAACGAAUGAUGCAGAAAUUGUGCGAACCCUAGUUAGAAUAUACCAAUCAAUUUUUCAGUCACGAAACAG